AUUUGUUUAUUAUCAUUCUGGCGGUUGUUCGAUUUGUAGUUACUCAUCCUGAAAAAUGGGUGAGGAAGGUGCAUCGUCAUCCGGUUUUUCUACUUCAUAUGAUAAAGAUUCCGGUUUUGAUGUUACUUCACAUGAAGCUAUGUAUAAAAAUAAAGGUAUGACAUCAGAUGCCAUGCGUAAGCGGCGUGAAGAAACUUGCGCUGAAAUCCGUAAAGCUAAACGAUAUGAUGAUUUGAACAAACGACGGCAAAUAGAUAUGGCACAAACUAAUGAAGAACCGAGACGUGAACCUGAAAUUAAUGUACAGUCAUGUUCAACUCUGAGCCAAGCUAUUACAAUGACAGGACACGAGCAGAUUGCCUGCACUGCAGUGGACGAGCGAAUCGUUGCCAAGCUAUGUGGAGAAUGUCCGGAAGAUAUCGAGGAAGCACUGGAUUUCUAUAGACGUCGUUUCCGUGCAAGUAAUGCUGGUGAUGUGGCUGAUGAAAUUGUUGCCUUGAAUUUAAUACCUCGCAUCGUGGUAUUGCUGCAGACUGGAUCGACUCUUAACAUACGUCGAACCGCUACGCAUGUUGUCGGUGCUAUUGUUUCCAUCUGUUCAACACAUACCGAAGCAAUUGUUAAAAGCGGUGUUGUCCCAUAUUUGGUCGAUUUAAUUACUAAUCCGGACCGUGAAAUGCGUGAAUUAACAUUAUUUGCAUUGGGUAACAUAGCUGCUGAAUGUUGUGAAUACAGAGAUCUCUGCAUCUCAUAUGGUAUGGCUGAGAAAAUGGCGACGAUUCCAGAUGGUAGUAUGACACUGAUGGAAGCGCGAUGUGCUGUUUGGGCUGCUUCGAAUCUGUGCCGUGGAAAAGAUCCACCUGUAGAUCUCCAAAAGAUCGCAGUGCUCUUACCACUGUUCAACGAAGCCUUGUACAGUAGUGACACACUAAUUAUCUCAGAUGCAUGUCGCGCAUUUGGUCGCUUACUUGAUGCUGCACCAGAAAGCUCGUAUAAAUAUAUUCUGAAGCCGAGUGCCAUUGAAUGUCUGGUAGAACACAUGGGAAAUCCCAAUUCGAAAAUAUCAUUGGCGGCAUUGUUGGCAGUUGGAAAUAUUGUUUCAGGAGAUGACGAGCAAACACAAAGUGUUUUAAACUGUGGGAAUGCACUGAAUUACAUUCAUCGUCUCUUGCUGGAUGGUAAUCAAAAAACGAAGCGUGAAGUAUGCUGGGUAUUGUCGAAUAUUGCCGCUGGUACAUCUUCGCAGAUACAGACCAUCUUUGACGCUGGAAUAAUUCCUUGUUUGAUACAAAUUUUGAAGACGGAAACAUUCCAAGUUCGUUCAGAGGCCUGCUGGGUGAUUGCCAAUGCUAUCGCUGGUGGUAAUAGAGAACAUAUAGCAGAAAUUGUACGUCAAGGUGCUCUUGCUCCUCUCUGUGACAUGCUCACUGUUAUGGAUUGCAGCGUUGUUGUCGUGGUAUUGAAAGCAUUGGGCGAGAUUCUGGAUUGUGGUGAUUAUUGUAAAAUUGAUGGCCAAAAUCUGUACGCUACUAGACUGGAAGAAUUGAAUGUGGUCGAUAAACUCGAAUUCCUGAUGCUAAGUUCGAAUACAGAAAUAUUUUAUAAAGCAUGCGCAAUCAUGGAGAAAUACUAUCUUCAUGAAAGUUGCGGAGAGGAUGAGGCUGCCAACAACGGAACCGGUGUUCACAAUCAUAAAUUGAAUUAUUUCGAUUUCUCUUAA